AUGGCAAAGACGCAGACACGGCCGUGGGACGCUACGGAUUAUCUGGAGACCGAGGAGGACAUCGUUGCUUAUCUGGAAGCGGCGUUCGACGACGGCGAUCCGAGACUUAUAGCGGCUGCGUUGGGCGACGUUGCCAGGGCCAAGGGUAUGACAAAGAUUGCCACGGAAGCGGGUCUGGGUAGAGAGAGUCUCUACAAGGCGCUGUCAGCCGAUGACAACCCGGAGUUCGCUACCGUGCUCAAGGUAAUGCGAGCCUUAGGGCCUUCGGCUUCACGCCUCCGCUGUGGCUGUUCAAUAACGUCUGGAGUUAAAUCCGUUCGUCGUGAGCCGUGUGACGAGCACAGGACAGAGCGGGAUGUCGUCCGGCGGACAUGGGCGCGGAUACGAGUGAUUAAAACCGAUCGGCGCGAUAGGCUUCGAACUGGCUGUCCUCCACCCGAUGGGCCACCAGAUCGGCAAUGA